ACCAUCCCGCAGGUUCUGCACCUACCGGAAGAGCACGGCCAAAGCACGCAUGUGCAAGGCCAACUCCGACUGGGCGAGCAAAAGAGCUGAGGGAGGAGGGAGCGAUCUCACAGCGCCUGCGUCCUGGAGAAAAAAAAAGACAACUUUCCUGCAGAUCUCAGUUCGCAAACGUGCUCCCCGACCUUGGCCGCCGGCAACCAUACAGCACUAAAAGCUGAUACCAGAAGGGUAGUUACGAACGUGCAAUGCUUGUCACGUGUCGCGCAGUGAGCUGUCUUCGGAAAGGGUUCCCCAGUUGAUGGGCAGCGCGGCUCAGCCUCUCCGACGCAGAGCCCGGCCGCCAGGGUAGGAGGAACGUAUGACAAGCUGGGUGGACCUGCCCAAUCAAAAGGCACCCGAGACUUCCUUGGCUUCCACCGGAGUUGAUGCUCCUGUGCGAUGCUGCUGUUCUCGGCGGAGGAUAAUUGACAGAAGCAUGAGAAACCUGAAGCAGAUUUUUUUUGUUUAAAGACAGUAGUGCUCGAGUUUUCCCUCACUUUGAUGUUCUGGAACACUUGAUAGGUUUUGCAUGUUAAACACAGAAGAUUGAUAAUUAGUGGACAGUGGAAGGCCAACGUCUUAUUCAUAUUCCAGAAGACAUGGCUCUGACAGUUGAAACGGAAUCUCAGAUUUACCACUCUCUCAGGACUGUCUUUGGUGCAGCCGCACACAUGGUUUCUCUUGGAUUCACCAUUGUCAUGGUGGUACUCACCAGACCUGGAUCAAGUUUGUUCUCCUGGCAUCCUUUCUUAAUGUCUCUUGCGUUUUCCUUCCUGAUGACAGAGGCCCUGUUGACUUUCUCUCCAGAGAGCUCCCUCCUCCGGUCCUUCUCCCGCAAGGCCAAGGUCCGCUUCCACUGGGCUUUACAGCUACUUGCUCUCAUCUGUGCAUUGCUGGGAAUGGCCAUUAUCAGCUAUAACAAGUACCUCAAUGGGAAAGAGCACUUUGUCACCUGGCACGGCCAGACUGGCUUGCUGACAGUGGUAUAUGCUAGCCUGCAAUGCAUGGGUGGGCUCGCCCUGCUCUAUCCCAAGCUGAUGAAGAACUGGACCCUGAGCAAACUGAAACUGUACCAUGCCACAUCAGGGCUGAUUGGAUAUCUACUUGGUUGUGCCAGCUUGAUGUUGGGCAUGUGUUCCCUGUGGUUUUCCACAACUGUGACUGGAAUAUCUUGGUAUCUAACUAUGCUGUGCCCUAUUCUCACCAGUUUGGUUAUCAUGAACCAAGUGAGCAACGCCUAUCUCUACCGUAAAAGAAUCCAGCCUUGAAAACAAUCUUAAAACAAAACAUCUGUGUGGCAUCCCAGAAACAUUUCUGCAUUAUCCGGAAGGAAUCCAUAGCUAUAUAAAGGAGUACUGGAACUCAAGAAUCUCUUUCUACCUGCCUCUAACUUUUUAUGGAUUAUUUUUAUUGCUUCAAUUUUUCCAUAGCAGAGAUGCCUAUGCUAUUGAACCAAGUUUCUUGCAAUCCCAUUGCUGGAACUAUAAUAAUUAUUAAUAUUGAAUAAGAGCCCAACUUUGCUCUACUGGUACUCCUUCACCCCUGAAUGAAAUCAGUGGAUAUAUUCUGGUUUAAAUUAUUCUUGAUUGGCCAUGUACAUCUACAAUUGUAAAUCUAACUUGCUGUAACUUCUUUUUCAUAUUCAUGCUCAGUCUAAGGCAUGGGCAUUUUUAAACUUCCUCUUUGAAAGGAUGUCUUUUAUUCAAUGUAUUCAGUUUUUGUUUGCAUUGAUGGUAAAUCCUUCCUCUUUUUUUAAAGUCACAUGCUAUGUGAAGGUACAGCAUAUCCAGCUAUAUUAGCUAAAUCAUAUGUGCUGAUCAUAUAGCUAAAUAUAGUUUACAUUUUUUUUAAAAAGGAAUUGCUUUUUUUUAAACAAGUUUUAUUAAAACUUUUCUUUCAUUAUACAUAUUUUAUGAACGGAGUGCUGACCGGGUCACAUCUUAUACAUCGCUUUUUCCAUAUUCAUCCCUUUUAUAAAAUUCUUUAUCACAAAUACAUCAUUUUUCACUGUCUCUUCCUCUCUCUUUUUUCUUCUUUUUCCCCCCCAAAUAUAUUUUACUUAUAUCUCAUAAACAUUUAUAUGUACAGUCUGUUAUGCAUCAUUGAUCAUUAAUUAUUCAUCUUAUCCUUAUCCUUCAAUUGUUCGGGGCUGCUCUUUUACCAUUCCGUCUCCUUUAUUUUACCGCAACCUUUCUUUUUUAUUUUUUUUUAUUUGCAUUUAUAUCCCUCCCUUCUCAGAAGACUCAGGGCGGCUUACACUAUGUUGGCAAUAGUCUUCAUUCUAUUUGUAUAUUUAUAUACAAAGUCAACUUAUUGCCCCCAACAAUCUGGGUCCUCAUUUUACCUACCUUAUAAAGGAUGGAAGGCUGAGUCAACCUUGGGCCUGGUGGAACUAGAACCUGCAGUAAUUGCAGGCAGCUGCUGUUAAUAACAGACUUUCCUCUUCUUUUCCCCUUCUCUUCCUUCUUAUCUCGCUUCCUACUUCCUUCAUUCCUCCUCUCCUUCCCUUUUCUACUUCCCCUCCCUUCUUCCACUCCUCUUUUCUUCCUCCCUUUCUAACCCUUUCUUCUACUCUUCUUUCCCCUCCUUUUUCUUCCUCUCCUUUUCCCUCUCUUCUAUCCCUCUCUCUCCUUUCCUCCCUUCUCCCCUCCUUAUCUUUCUUUACUCCUCUCUCCUUUCCCACUCUCUUGUUUCCAUUUUCAGUUCUAGAAUGAUAUUCAAGCAGUCCCCAUUCUCUGUUUACAUAAUUCUUCAUUUCAAAUUCUUUUUUAUUUAAUAAUUACAUCUAUUUUAUCCUUCCUGUACAUCUUAUAAACAAAUUGUUAACUGAGUCACAUCUUAUGCAUAGCUUUUCCCCUAUUCAUCCCUUUUAUAUAAUUCCUUAUCACAAAUACAUCAUUUUUCACCAUAUCUUCCUCUCUUUCUCUCCCCCCUCCCCAAUACCUUUUUACUUAUUUCCAUUUUUGGCCAUAAUAUUCUUUUUCCAUAUUUUUUUCCUUAUCUUAACCUCUUCUUAAUACUUAAUACAUAUUGGCUGUAUCACUAGUCACCCUUUAACUUCUAAUUUCUUACAAUAACAUCAAUUAAUUAUCUUAUUUCUUCGUUUACAACAUAUAUUUUGCAAAUCCCCAUCUCACUUUUUAACAUUUCAAUUUUAUCUCUUAAUUUAACGUAUCUUCAUACUUGCACCCAAUUAUGAUUUCAUAUUUCAUCUGCUAUUGUGUUUUACUAUAAGCAUCAUAUAUCCUCAUAUUUAAUUCUUAUGAAUAUCCGUUAAACUUAAUUGACCUUCUACAAUUAAUAAUAUUAAUACAGUUCCCUUAAAUCUACUAAUGUAUACUUUAUUUCCCUUCCUCCUUUCCACCAUUCUUCCCUCUUUAACCAUUUUCUCUUGGUCUCUCAAAAAUUCCACUUCUUAGUAAUUUCCUCAUUUUAUCUUAUUCUUUUUGCUCCCUCCUCCUCCUCCCCCUCCCCUCCUCCUCCCCCUCCUCCUCCUCCUCCUCUUCUUCUUCUAUUUGUUGUAUCUUUUUUCCUGAGUCCUUUUUACUUUUAAAUAUAUUACUCAAAUUGUUCUUUCCAAGUUUUCUCCUAAUCUCUUUCUACUAUUUCCUUCUAUUCCUUUUGUUUGAUUCUUUUUGGGGGGAAUAUUCCCUCCUGUCCACUCUUUUUUUACCACUGUUAAUCCCAGUGAAAUCAUUAACUGUUUUCUACUUUCAAUUUCUUUGCUUUUCAGCAUAAAAGGUAUCACUUAAAACCAAUAUCCCUCCAUUCUCUAGAUAAAUUGGGAUUAUUGUAACUCAAUUCCCAACCAAUAAUCUGACUUUCUGCUCUGCAGUUAAAAGAUGCGGAGCUAUAAAAAGGCAUUUUAAUUUAAAGCAGAAAACAGGAACAUACAUUCCUGGAUCCCUGCCAGAAUUUAAAUUAUAGUCAACCAUUUCUACAGGUUGUAUGUUACUAGCCCUGGUUUAAUAGCAUAAUAGGAAGGUUAGCAGAGCAUAUCAGUGAGUUGCUUACUUUACUAACCCUUUAAUAAGUUUUCAAAAGAUGUGUCCCCUGAAAGAAUAUGGCAUCCUUAUCGAGGAGCAAGAAACCCAUGAGAAUCUAGAUUAUUCUUGAUUUGGCCAUGUACAUCUAUAAUUGUACAUUGUAGUGCCACUACAAUUUUAUAGACAAAAGAUGGAAUAGGGAAGGAAAGAUCUAAGGCAGUGUUUCCCAAUUUUAAUAUUUUAAGAUGUGUGGACUUCAGCUCUCAGAAUACAUCAGCUGGUUAGAGCAUUCUGGGACUCAAAUCCCCACAUCUUAAAAUGACUAGGAUUGGAAACACCAGUCUAAGGGUAAGGAAGUAAGCGCAAACUAUUUUUAGAAAGAUGAGAAAAUGCAGGAUGAAGAAUACUAUUUUAUCCCUAUUAUUAUAAAAAAAAUAUGGAGGCCACCCAGAGUUUUGAAUGACUUUCACAAUGCACGUUUGAUUAUCUCUCUUUCCCUACCAAUACUUAAUAGGGAGUACCCAGUUUCUCUUCCAUUUGGCAGCACCAGUAUUGUAAUCUCUCGUAUUUCUUCUCUAACCUUCUCUCAAUUUAUCUUGUUCUUCCUUGCUAUGUACAGGCUGCUAUGUAAAGGCUGAAUGCUGAUUCUUAAAAAAUAUACAUUUUUACUCAGAAGAAAAUUCACUUGGUUUAUAUAUGCAGGUGAAGAUCUAAUAAGGCUUAUCCCAUAUGCAAAGAAGAGAUGUGGCAAAAAUUCAAGGGGCCAUGAAUCCAAAGAGAUGUGCAAAAGAUUGGGAAAUAGAACUGUUUCAAUCUCUCUCAGCACUUUAUAGUACAGCUUCUAGGAUGAUCUUGUGUAAAAUGAGUUGAAUCUGUCCCUUGGCAGUAUGCACUGAAUUUAGAGGUGAUUAGCUGACAGCUUUGGCAGCCAUGAAGUUUCAAAGCAUGCUGGCUAAGUUAAAGCUAAAUUACAAUGUGAUUGGUUUUUGUUUUGACUUAAGUUUGCUAAUUAAACCGUUAUGGUAUUUUUAUGUACUAGGCCAUCAUAAUUUAUUUUACAAGUCAUGGUUAAAACUUAAAAGAAACCAAGGUUUAGCAGGAUGAAUAAACUCAUCCCAUAGCACUAACAUAAUGGCUAACAAAAUGUGCUGCUUCAGGUUUCUUUUUAAUUUCUUUUUAAAUCACAAAAGGCAAGAAUUCUUCUCUUGAGUUUCCACAAUACUUAACUCCUGAACUUCUUUCUCAUAUUGUAUUAUAUAGUUUUCUGUUCUCUAAAGCAGGAUCUUAUGGCAAAUUGAUGAUAGCUUGCAGUGAUGGGAACUGUAGUCCCAAAACUCAACAGGAAACUAGUUGGAGAAUCUGUCACAAAUGACUGCAAACCUCAUCUUUUAGACUUGUAAAGAAAAAAAAGGCUUAUCUUCUGCUCAAUAAAUCAGGCAAAAUAUACCGUAUAUACUCGAAUAUAAGCCGAUCCGAGUAUAAGCCGAGGUCCCCAAUUUUACCCCAAAAAACUGGGGUAAACUGGGGACUCGAGUAUAAGCCGAGGGUGGGAAAUGAGGCAGCUACCGGUCGGGGAAACCCUCCCUCCCUUAGCCGAGAAGGCUGGCGGCUCCCCCGCCCCGCCCUCUCACUGCACCGGCAGGGCUUCCCCGCGCUAAUGCAAAAGCCCGCCAAGUUUAUAAUGUGAAAAAAAGAAGAAAAAAAAAACUCGAGUAUAAGCCGUAUAUACUCGAGUAUAAGCCGAGGGGACGUUUUUCAGCACAAAAAACGUGCUGAAAAACUCGGCUUAUACUCGAGUAUAUACGGUACUUGGUUUUGACUCAAACUUUUCAAUAUCUGAGUAGUAAGGAAUAAUAGUACUAAAUAGUUUGAUCCUGCAAUUACAGAGAGAAAUGCAUUGGCUUGAUUGACAAGGAAAUCUCAUUUAUCAAGACUUGGAAUUGUUUCAUAUGCAGUUCUUUCAUAAAAAUAAGAUAUAUCAUGCAAACAGAGCUUGAAAAAACUUCAUAUGUGAAUAAAUAUAUGUGCAUAAAAAGCAUUUUCAUGCAUUUUUAAUUCUUACACCAAAGCACUUCUCAAGCAUGCUGAGGUUCUUAAAGAACUUAGAAAGAGAUUAUGCUUUUUUGUUUGCUUUUCAAAAUGGGGAACAACUCUAAUUGCUUUUUUUUAAUCUUUUCUAUCAGCAACAGUUGACCUCCCAUAAUAUGUUUUGUUUGUUAACAAACGUUUUGUUAAUCUUUGUUAAAACAAGUUCGGUAACCAUAGUUCCUGGUUAUGUUACUUCCAGGAGCUCCUUAAAUAAAUAUAUAUUUGUAUUCUACUAUUGAGAAAGGAUAACACUUGCUUUCCAUAGAGGGAGAAAAAUAAUCACAGAAAAGCUUCUUUAAUGGGAAAUAAUAUUGUGUCACAGAGGAACUAUUAAUACUGAUGUAUUUAAAGACACUCAUGUUGCAGUCAAUGAAACAGACUAACAUAAGCCCUAUAGUUUUCAAAGACAUGGCCACAGGUAACUUUAAUUACAAUGUAGGCUUUGAUUGCAUUCCCCUCCCGUCCGAUUUUUAAAAUUUAAUUCAGUUCUCUAUUGCAAAGGCAAGAACAAAGAUUGAUGAUCUUGUUAAGAUAUUAUCACAUAGCAUUAUGUGAUGAGUAUGAGAUAUGCUCUUUUCAAGCAGCACCUAAAUGCUUGUAUUUCCAGUGGUACAUAGUUUAGAUAUCUGUAGCUGCUACUUGUGUUCCAACAUAUAUUUUACCAGACAGUGUUAGAGUUAAAAAAAACAUAAACUAGGCUUAAAAAGUUUGUAUUUGCACUGAAAGCAUAGGGAAGAUUAAUCGUCUCAUAGAUAACAUCAAUGAACAGUUUAUAACUGGUUCUAAUGAUACUUUUUUGCCCAGCAUUUACUCAUUAAACGGACAAGUAAUGAUUGCUGCCUUGAUAAGAGGGAACAGAGGUAAUAUUUGUUAUCUGAAAACAUCAAAAACAAAAUAUAUGCCAUCGAACUGUGUAGCAAAUGAACUUACCACUGAAACUUGGGAGUGGAGAAAAGAAGCUUGUAUUUAUGAGUGCUGAAAUAAAGAUUUUUUUAAUAAUGCAGCAAAUGUGACAUACUGCCAUCAUGCUUGUUUUUGCUUCCUUUAGAUAGAUUUUGCAUUGUUCAGUCAUACAGAAAUUGGAAUCAUAGCUCAGAUUUUGUGAAAGCAUAACAACCUCAGAUAUUUCUAUUAACUUUAUUCCCUUUCAUUAAGAUUUCUGCCUGUAUUUCAGAGGAACAUUAUUCAUGGCCGCAAUAUUUUAAUAAUAACUUCAGUUAUUUUCAGUCAUUGAGCAAUAAUUUAAUACAGCAGACAGAUUAGCUAUGGUUAGAAUUAAAAUCUGUUCAUUAGAGCCUGUGUAUGAAUUCACAUAUGUUCUGACCCAGCUUUCACAAGCAAUGAGAAACAUGCUUACUCACAACUAACACAAACCCUUUUUUAUUUAAGUCAGGGCAGGAACAGUUUUGUUCACAUUGGCUGAGGCAAAUCACUAUUAUCACUAAAUCGAUCAAGGCAAAACAAUAGAUGCAAUCUACAUAGACUUCUGCAAAGCUUUCGACUCAGUAGUACACGAUAAACUAAUCCUAAAACUAAAAUCCUACAGCAUUUCAGGACCCCUUCACAAAUGGAUAUCAGCUUUUCUGUCUAACAGACAACAAGUGGUCAAAAUUGGCAAUGCUCUAUCAAAUCCUGUUCCUGUCAAGAGUGGUGUUCCUCAAGGCAGCGUCCUUGGACCAACACUCUUCAUACUAUACAUUAAUGAUCUUUGUGACCAUAUCUCAAGUAAUUGUGUUCUCUUUGCUGACGAUGUCAAACUAUUUAACACCACUGAUAAUACAUCUAUCAUUCAAAAAGACCUUGAUCAUCUAAUUGCUUGGUCUAAAACUUGGCAACUCCAAAUCUCAACCAGCAAAUGCUCAGUCUUACAUAUAGGAAAAAAGAACCCAAACACUAAGUACUCGAUUGAUGGACAUUAUCUCACAGAUGAUCCCCAUCCCGUUAAAGACCUUGGAGUUUUCAUGUCAAAUGAUCUAAGUGCCAAAGCCCACUGCAAAUACAUAGCAAAAAAGGCUCUAAGAGUUCUAAACCUAAUCUUGCGUAGCUUCUUUUCCAAAAACACUACACUACUAACCAGAGCAUAUAAAACAUUUGCUAGACCAAUUCUAGAAUACAGCUCACCUGUUUGGAACCCUCACCAUAUCUCUGACAUCAAUACAAUUGAACGUGUCCAGAAAUAUUUUACAAGAAGAGUUCUCCAUUCCUCUGUAAACAA